AAACCGCUCGUAGGGAAUCCGUUUGCGUGGUGGUGAUGAUGAUGAUAAUAAUCAUGCCAUAUAACACCUGAGGCUGUGGUUGAAGUAAUUAGAAAAUUUUUAGUAGAAGGAUCAGACACAGAAAGGGACGUCUGAAACUCAGCUAACUGGUUUAUUUCUCGACCAUCCUAUAUCAUGAUAGCAUCACGUAUGACCCGCCCACUGGCGCCACCCUGGCCUCGCUGUUUUCAAGUUUCAACCGUAAUAACGGUGGUAACGGUUCUCAGUUUAAAAUUUGGAUCGUUAGUGGUUGCCCCGUAGCUUUUGUGUAUGUUAGCUGUGCUAGCGAUAUAACGCUUUAUCACUUCGUAAAACCGCCGUCCUUACUUAUUAUUAUUAUUAUUAUUAUUAUUAUUAUUGUGCUCGCAUAACCGUGUUGCGUGGCUUAAUUCAGAUGCAGCACACUACCGGUUAGGGUGAUAACCUAAAUUUUAAGAAGUUAGGUCUGCUCGUAUUCGUCUUUCCUCGCUAUGGCGGAACCCGCGGAACCUGGAGGAAGCGGUGGUGUUUCUUCUAAGACCGACCCAGAUAAGUACAAGUGCACGAUUUGUGAUAAGCGUUUCAAGAAAAUUUACAACUUAAAGAGGCACUUAAAGGAGGUCCACGGGGAAUCUGACAAGAGCUGGGUCACAUUUCCCCUUCGCCGUUGCCGCCUUGCAUGCGAUCUGUGUCCAACGGCUUCUUUUGCGUUCCAUGGGGGCUUGCUGCUCCACUUUGAAGCGAAACACGGGUUCGUCGCGAGGCGCGAGAAGUUAGAGUUCGAUUCGUUGAAAGAAUUCAGUGACUGGAGGGAGGCUGAGGAAAGCAGAGAGCAUGUUCAUUUCGUUCUCCACAACGGACCCAAAAAACCAUCAGAUAACAAUGUCCUGACAAGGUACUACUACUGCCACCGCUCUGGACCAGUUCAGAGCACCAGCCAAGGUAAACGACAACUGAAAACUCAGGGCAGUUGUAAGACUAAUGUGCAAUGCUUAGCCACAAUUCAAGCAACAGAGAAAGAUGGGAAGGUGACAGUAGAGUACCAGUCAGAACACUACGGCCACCCGAAGGAACUGAAGCACCAGCGCCUCUCGACGACUGAGAGGGAGGCUUUAGCUGAUAAACUAAAGCAAGGCAUCCCCGCCCGUAAGGUUCUGGUAGAUGCACGUUCUUCCGCUGGCAGUGAGAUGGGCAGGCUUCAUUUGCUCUCAAUGAAAGACAUUGGCAACAUCUCCGUCAAGCAUGAAAUUCUGACGAAAGAGCGACGGCACAAGGAUCAGUUUAAAAGUGUCUCAAUGUGGGUGGAGGAACUGAACAAACAGUCAGAUUCCCCAGUGCUGUACUUUGACAUGGAGGAAGGAAAAGAAAAAGAGACCUUUGAGCUUGCCCUGAUGACUGCCCCUCAGAAAGAACUCCUCACGAAGCUGGGCCCCAAGUUCUUGUGCAUUGACUCCACUCAUAAUACAAAUGGCCACAACCUGCAACUGACGACCCUCAUGACAGUUGCAGAAGAUCAAUCAGGCAUGCCAUGUGCAUAUUUGAUCUCAAAGAAACUAGACACCGAGACCAUGAAACGCUUCUUUAAAGCCAUAAAGGAAAAAAUUGGCAACCUCGCAUGCGAAGCAUUCAUGUCCGAUGAUGCUGCCGCAUAUGGUAAUGCAUGGGAGGAAGUGAUGGGCCGUGCCCAACAUCGCAUGCUCUGCUCCUGGCAUGUAAACCGCAACUGGACUCAGAAGUUGCAGUCAGUCCAAGAUAAGCAAACCCGUGACCGUCUUCGCGACGAGUUGUGGGCGCUGAGAAAUUCCAAAGAUGAGGGUCAAUUUCAACAAGCUCUGACAGGCUUUCUCUGUCAGAAACUAAGUGAAGAGGCUGAUCCAAAACUAAUUCAACAAGUACAGGAGUUUCUUCAGUACUUCGAGCGCUACUAUGGUGGCAGAGCAGAACAGUGGGCGCUCUGCUUCAGAAAGGGCAUUCCUUUUAAUACUAACAACCACCUGGAGGCAAUGCACAAGGACCUGAAGUCACACUACAUGCAUGGAACUCACAACCAGAGGCUCGACAAGCUGUUGAUGAUUCUCUUCGAACUGACCCGUGACCGCCUCUACAAGCGUCUCAAGUCGCUCGUAAAAGGAAAAACGAAUCGGCAUGAUGCAGCCCUUUUUCGGAGGCACCAGGAAGGGAUGAAAAUUCCUGCAUCAGAUGUAGAACAGCUGCAAAAUGGCAAUGGCUGGCUUGUAAAGUCCCAGUCCCAGGCAGAGAGAAGCUACCAUGUUGAGAAGGGCGAUCCCUGCCAGAGUUGCGUGCUUCGCUGCAAGGACUGUGACAUCUGUAUCGACAGUUACAAGUGCACUUGCAAUGACAGCCUGAUUUCAGCGUCAAUGUGCAAGCACAUUCACGCAGUAGCUUACCUGGGGCUUCAUGCGACGACUGUGGAGGAGGCCGACACCGAGCCAGAUGUAGAAAUGCCAUCAACUACACGUGAAGCAACAGGCUUUACGUUGGAUGAUGAGCCACAGACUCUCUUGGAUGACAUUCGGCAGAGUAUUGAGGUAGGGAUGCAGAAGACUCAACCAAAUUUAGAGGACAAGAUACGUUUAGCACUGAGUGGAGUGAACAAGUCCCUCCCCAGGAAGAAAUUGCCAAGCUCUUCAAGCUCCUUGGUGUUGAAACACCUUAUCAAGAUCCAAGAAGUACUUGACUCUGUUCCAGAUGAUGAGACUUCUCCUCCAGAUGAGACUUCUUUAAAACCUAGGGUAAUCCCGCACAACAAAAAGAUGGAAAAACAAGCACGGUACUUUCCCACCAAAAGGAAACGCCCUGGUUCUGGUCCCAUGCAUGGCAAACCUCCCACCAGAUUGGAGCAGCAGCAAAUCAUGGAGGGCCUUGUAGCCAGACGAGUUUCUACAGAAAGAGCGGCAUCCGCGCAGCUCCCUGAAGAUGUUCCGAGCACGUCUGUGCUGGCCCUCAAGGACCAUGACUACUUUGCAUAUCAGUAGUUGUGACAAUUGGACUACAAAAAAAGGGGCAGUGUUCCUCUUGCAAAAAGGGAUGGUGUGUUUGACAGCUUGGAUUUCUUUCCACUUUGGAAAAUGUGAAGAGAUGCUCGAGCUAAAGGCAAGAGGGGCAUCUCUUACCAUCUUCCAACAGGUGCCGAAACCAGCACUUUUCUCUCAAUUUUAAAUAUUACUGCACAAGAAUGUGCAGCUCUUUCCACCUUGGAGAAUGUCAAGAGGUGCUCGAGCUAAAGGCAAGAGGGGCAUCCCUUGCCAUUCUCCAACAGUCGGCUUCUGUUAUAGGCUGACGUUAAUCAUAGUGUUUUAUUUUCAAAUUAUGUAGAAAGGUUUUCUAAUUAAUUUACACCUGUUAUCAUAGUGCCUCGACACUGCCCAUUAAUUCAGUGUCCCCCUUGCUGCUGCAACCGGUGCUCUUUCAUUUUAGAUAUUACUGCAGAAGAAUGUGCAGCUUUUUCUGCUUUGGAGAGUGUCAAGAGGUGCUCGAGCUAAAGGCAAGAGGGGCAUCUCUUGCCACUCUCCAACAGUUGGCUUCUGUUAUAGACUGACGUUAAUUGUAACAGUAUUUUAUUUUCAAAUUAUGUGGAAAGGUUUUUUUAUUUAAUUUAACCUGUUAUCAUAGUGCCUCGACACGCCCAUUAAUUCCGUGUCCCCCUUGCUGCAAGCGGUGCUCUUUUAUUUUCGAUAUUACUGCACAAGAAUGUGCAGCUCUUUCCACCUUGGAGAAUGUCAAAAGGUGCUCGAGCUAAAGGCAAGAGGGGCAUCCCUUGCCAUUCUCCAACAGGUGGCUUAUGCUAUCAGCUGACCUUAAUUGAAAAAGUGUUUUAACAGCCAGAGCUUGGCAGUUUAAUUUCAGAUUGAUGCAGACAGGUUGUUUCUAAGUUAAUGUGUAACCAUACCACCUCGAAUCACCUGUUACGUGCUUAUUUUGUUAUUUUGCAUAUUGCAGUUGCAGUUCCCGCGAUGAACCAUUUUUUGUUUAGUAUUGAACUCAUGUGCUUUAGGAUAUAAUGGUUUUCUUGCUAAUAAGUGCCUGUAAUCACUGUUUCAUUGUUUUGCGAGCCAAGAGGGAGUGACCACUGGCGACCACAAGCAUGAGGAUCUGCUACAGGAAGCAUAAUCAUAUACCUGGACCUCGAGACUGGUGACCUUGAAGAUGUCGGCAAGGAUACAGGGUGAUCUGUUCACUGCAGGGCUGUGCAAUUUAGUAACAUGGAACUAGUGUCUCACCUCGGAGGUCUCCAUGGCGUGUGAACAGUGCCAAGGCUGGUGGGGCAAGAAGUUUAUUGGAAGGCUUUGUCAUGCCAUGGUGAUGAACAUUCAUGACAGGCCCAUCUGCUGAACCAGCUACGCAAUAGAGGCAAGUCUGCUACGUCACUGGGACAUGGAUGCAGUGCAGUAGGCAGCAUGUGGCACUGAGGACUCCUCGGGACCAGGCCAGGAGACGGACGUGCAAUAUUUAUAUUCCGCAUUUUCAUCCGAUGUUACUGUUGACAUUUAAGUGGGACAUUUUGUUUGUGUGGCAAAAGAUAUGCCGGGUGUGUGGUGGGGUCCCACAAAAAAAUAGCUAUGCUGUCUUGAGCAAUGUUCAUAGCUCAAUGGCAAGUUGUGUCAGUGAUGGUCACAGUUUGGGAAAUGUUUUGGUGGACAACUGUUUUGUUGAGUCACUGUGGCCGUGUUUUUGCUAGCUUGGGAGGCGGCAUGGUAAUGCAUCAACACAGUGACCGAUUUUACUUCAAACUAAAAAUGGGACACAGGAAUAAACUAACUUGCUGCCUCAUCGAGGCAUGUCUUCAAAUGUGAACUAAUAUAUUGUCUUUUCAGUACCA